AUGAGGAUGACUAAAGAGGCCAUAUCUCUGCACUCCCUGAAUGAGACAUUAAACAGGGUGGAAAGCAGGCUGCAGACAGUGGAGACUCAGUUCAAAGAGCUGAACUCUGCCAUGGAGAAACUGACACAGAAACUGCAGUUUCAGGAUAAAACCCUGGAGAAGCAGAUGGACGAGGAUGAGAUGUGGAUAUCCUUGCUGGAGGACAGGUUCACUUCAGUGGAGAUCAAUCUUUUCUACAGCUAUGUCAGUGAAAUGCUUUGCUGCUUGCAUUCCUGUGUCAGAGUGAAGCUGCCAGAUCUGGCGGGAGGCCUCCCCACCUUAGCCUCUGUCAUGAGGCGCAAAGGCAAGAACCAGAGAAUUAGACUGGUGUGGGAAGCAGUGCUGGAGAUGCUGGGGCUGCAAGAAGGAGAUGUCUUAGCUCUAUGCACCUUUUUCAUCAUACAUUGCUCUGAAGCACAGUAUUACCCAGCUAACCAGAGGCAUAAGUACACCAGUGAUAUCAGCACGAUGAUAACCAAGGUGGUGAAGAACCAGAUCCUUCGAGAGAGCCUGCUGUGUGCUGUCCAGGUGGUAGAGAAUGGCAGAGCACAGAGGGAUCCAAAAAAGAUAGUAACCCUUGUCCAAAAAUAA